AUGUCCUCUUCUCAGCCCGAUCCCCGUCAAGGUGGUGAUGGUGGCAAGGUCCUGGCCAUCGUGCGCUGGGGCACGCCGAUCCUGCAUCGCGAAUUGCGCCCCGUGACGGCCUUCAAUACCCAAGAGCUCGACGCCCUCGUCGCCGACAUGUUCGCGACAAUGUACGCCGCGGGCGGGGUGGGCCUGGCAGCGAACCAGAUCGGCGUGGAUUUGCGCGUGUUUGUGUACGAUAUGGACGACGCGCGGGGCCAACGGCGCUGGGGCGCGGUGUGUAAUCCCGUCAUCGAACCCUCGUCCCAGAAACCAUUUUGCGAUGACGGAGGCAGCAACGACAACAAUGACCACCAACAUCAGAGCAACGGUGCAGGCGGGGCUGCGAUCCAUCCACCACAGGUGCCGCAGCGGACCGGUUCCAUGACAGAAGGCUGCCUCUCCUACCCGGGCAUCUCGGCCUCGGUGUCGCGCCUCGGGACCAUCACGAUCAACGGACUAGAUCCGCGUGGCGAACCAGUCACCAUCCACGCCACGGGCCUUUUUGGGCAUGUCUUACAGCACGAGGUCGACCACUUGAAUGGCAUCGUCUACGGUGACCGCGUCUCCCUAAACCGGAGGGACGAGAUGGAUCGCAAGUACAGAGAGUUGGAGGCCAAGAGAGCUUAUCCUGACGACUGGCCCGCGACGCAAUCGAGUCAUAAAUGGGGAGACUGA